AUGGCGCAAAACGAUGAUGCAAAGCGCGCGACAACUGUCAUUACCAUCGCGCAACUCAAGCUCAAACAAGGCCUUAAGAAGGAGGAUUCGGAAGCUCGUCUCCCACCAGUCUCCGUGGAAGCCUGUUCCCAGUUCUUCAGCGCUGUUGAUGCUGUUCUCACCCAGAACACACCCGUGAACAUCCAGAAAUGCACAGAGUGGAUUGUCAAGCACAUUGCUCCCUCCAGGAUCCGCAUUGCAGUCGUUGGAGACUAUUUGGUAUCGAUUUCAAGGUCAAUCGUCGUAAACACAGCAUCGUCGGCGCCAAAGAAGGCGACGCGCAACCGUCUAGAUAUUCUUCUGGUCGCCAAUGACGCUCUUCACACUGACAAGUACCAUCGCAAUAGCACCGCGAAACAUGGCUCACUUGGCCUCGAGUUGGUUCCCCAUCUCCUUGAACUUGUCGAGCUGGCAGCAUCGUGCGCCACUGAAAAGGAAUCACAGAUGGAGAAAAAGUUGAGGGCAAUCAUCAACUGCUGGGCGGUAAAUCAGCUAGUCAACGAGGACACAUUCAUGAGCCUAAGGGAGCGAGCAGACGAAGCCUUCUUGCUCGCCCAGGGCGGCACUCCCGUUCGCAAGCGAAACUACCUCCUGCCAGAGUACCACGGCGACCGGACAGCACCCUGGUACGAACUUCCAGCAGCGUAUAUGCUCGACCAGAUGAUCGCGCAGCCAAACCGUCCCCUCGAUCCGUAUCGCAUCAAAGUGGCUCGAUUCAACAAGAAGCCAGUCUCGACGCACGUUCGUAAAUUGCUCGACAAUUACUUUGAGAAUAUCGACCUCAAGCAUACACCAACCGGCGACAACCCCACGGGCGAAACAAAGAAGUACAACUUGUGGUUAGAUCCCAUGGGGCAGCUGGUGAAGCGAGACAAGGAGACAGGCGAAACCGCGACCGUGUCGAACGGCUACGGUUGGUCUAUGAAAUUCUGCCAAGAAAUGCAGAAAGAUGGCAUGCCUGAGAGCAUCAGAACAUUGCGAGAAGAUGCAGAGAGAUUGGAGGCUGUACCGGACAAGCCACGUGUCCAACGGCGUCACUCUCGCUCGCCCAGACCUCGUCGACGGUCGUCAUCUGUGUCUUCUCCCAGGCGAGAUAGAGACCGCCGCAGUCGAAGCGACAGCUACGCCUCGAGAUCAUCUUACGACAGCCGUUCGCGGUCGCGUAGUCGACACCAUGACCGCCGCCGCCGAUCGCCACGAGACGAGGAGGGAGGCCACAUCGACCGCAGUCGUAGAUACGAUGAUCGUGACAGCGAGGGUCGACGACCGCCGCCACAACCCAUAAAUAGAGUCCAGCCACACCACGGCGGACAGUGGAACGGGCAACAAGUGCUAAACCAAAACAAUCAACUCAGCUCUGGUAAUGACCAGUUUCUACCAAAUGCGCCACAGAGCUUUGCGCCCAACUUGUCGCAGCCCCCACAACCAGGAUUCAAUGCGCCACCCUUCCUACCACAACCGCCAAUGCCAAGUCAAUUUCCUGGACAGUUUCCCAUGCAGUCAUUUCCGCCCCCGCCUCCACCCAUGCCGUUCCAGGGACCGGGUGGAUUUCCAGGGGGCGUGCCACCACCUCCACCACCCAACUUCAGUGGACCGUUUCCUCCGCCUCCACCAAACAUGCCUGCGAUGGCGAACAAUCCGUACAAUUUCGAUCACCAGUACAGCAAUGCAUACGGGAACAAUUUUCAACCUGGUAACAACCCAGGGUUCAAUCACCAGAACCAAGGCGGCUUUCCAGGCCCAGGGUAUAACCAAGACUCAAAUCCACCCCAAGUUCAGAAUCAAAGCACCUUCCAGGGCGGACGCGGUGGAUAUGGAGGAAACUACCAGGGCAAUAGGAACUACAAUAAUAACAGAGGCGGGUAUGGAGGCCGUGGGCAACGCGGAGGAAGAUGGAGUUGA